AUGAGUUCGCCUGAAGAAGUCCUGCAACGCAUCCAGAAGGUGCUGCAUCCCUAUAUCCGGCCACGGGAAGAGGUGGCUCAGAUCCGACGAAUCUUGGCUCUGCAGCUAGAUUCCUGUCUUGAGAAUGGAUCGGCAACUUCGCCUCUGGCUCUCGUCGACGCGAGCAAACCCAAGUCCUCGCCGACCGUUCGGGGGCUUCGGAGAGAGUAUCUCGAAGCAUUGUCGGCCAACAUCAAAGCUCGCAGUGAGCAUAAGGCAUGCUGCCUAGAAAUCAGCCGUCCCCAGGCAGAAGCCUCCACGGCCGUGGAACAGCAACAACAACAACAACAAAAAUCUGACCGCCUGCACGACCAUUUGGCCACUAUCGGCCUCCAGAAAAAGCAAGAGAAGCUGCAGGCUAUCGAGAAGCACUUGAAUCUGAUACGGCAAAAGCCUGUGGCAUCGGCCGACUACCUGGCCCCUGAGCAAAUAUUCAGCAACUGCCGGCCUCUUCCAGACGUGCCAAAGGAGCUCCUAAGCGCGCUGACGCUUGACAAAACAGCCACCAGCUCGCGCUUGAAGGAUCUGGCUGACCAACUAGAGAAGCACGUCCUUCGGGCAAAGCUGCUCCUGAAGCGCGAGGAGCAGCUCCUGGACCAAGUCAAGUCGCGGUCUACAGUGAGGCCCGAGAACAUCAGCACAAGCGCAAAGUUCGGGGCGCUAAACACGACCCGGGCUCAUCUCAUCAACUGGAUAGAAGCCGAGCUCGGGAAGGCGGGUGACGGCGCGGGUGAAGACGGAGACGCCACUGACGAUUUCGCUGAACCCUUCAAGGCAUCUGGAGACGGCGCAGACGCCGCCGCCAGCAUCGAAGAGAAUCUCGCCAUCAUCCAGCAGAAGUACUCGCAAUACCUGGGAGCUCGGAAGGCCCUCCUCCAACUCGUCAGCCAGCAGCCCAGACCGGUCAUCAAGCCCCGGGCCGAACCAAGCACAGCGCCGGCAGCAGCUUCCACGUCCACGCCGCCUCCCUACGCACACCUGCUUUCUCCGUACCUCGAGCAACUAGUCUCGGUUGCCCAAGAGCAAAAGGGGCUCAUCGCGCAGAAAUCACACCUCAACUCCACCGUCGCCCGACAGCUCGUGGAGAGUUGCCAGGCGCUCGAUCGGCUAGCCGAGGAAAGCCAGCUGAUCCCCAGUCAUCCGCUUCCCGGCGCGAGCGUGGGCGGCGUGGGCGCGCCCCGCCGCAAGCAGACAUUCGGCGACGCCCUGGGCGCUGCCGCUGCCGCCGCCUCGCAGGCGCUCAGCCUGUCCGGCAGCGUCAAGCCGUGGGUGUUCGCGGCCGAGUCCGCCAAGAUCGCGACGCUCGAGGCCGUGGCCGAGAAGAUCGAGGAGGGCCAGCUCGCGCUCGAGGACUCGAUACACACCAUUGGCGAGAUCGACCAGCUGCUAGGACGGCACCCGGUCAGGCAAACUGGCCAAGAGAGCGAGGACGCCGUCGCUGCUGAGGAUGACAUCUGGCUCGCUGAGAGCCGGCCAUCUGGAAUGUCGGCCGGGGCGUCGAGAAAGCAUGUCAGCCGAAAGGAAGCGACGGCGACGGCGGUAGCGGCAGCUAAGCGCCGCUCGUCUGGGGACGUGUGGGAUACAUUGGAUGGGACUCUGGGGCUUCUGCGAUCUGACGGUGAUCCGCCGUAA